UUUUUUUUUUUCUUUUCUCUUUGAUAUCAUCUACUUUCCCUCCUUAGUAUACCAAACACAAUUUUACUAUUAUAAAAUUUUUAAUAUUUGACCAUGAUACCAAACUUGACCUCACCAACCGGUAGUUGCAUGGAGUGAUUCUGAAAUUCUUGAAACCCAAGAAACACCUCCAAAUAACAACCAUAAUUAAUCUCAAUUUUCAAACAUGGAGUAAAAUACAAACAGUAUCAUCUUCAUCCACCACAUCUAAAUGACGACACAAGCCUCGCCGGAUCGACGGAUCCAAUUGCUCUUCCCUGUAGCACUAGCUUCUCUCCUGAUCCUAGGAACUGCAAGAAUCAUCCUAGACAGUUUGAAGAACAACCGAAGCCAAUUUCUAUGGCAGGAGAGCGAAAAGCAUAGAGUAGUGAGACUGCCGAUUAAUAUUUCCGGCGACGAAAUCAUCCCUGAAGGGUGCAAUAUUUUUGAAGGGCAAUGGGUAUGGGACAAUGUCUCAUUUCCACUUUAUACAGAAGAGAGUUGCUCUUACUUGGUCAAGCAAGUCACUUGCCAGAGGAAUGGGAGACCUGAUUCUAACUAUAAAAAUUGGAGAUGGCAGCCUAAUGCAUGCAAACUACCAAGGUUUAAUGCUCUGAAGUUAUUGGAGAUAUUGAGGGGCAAACGGCUGAUGUUUGUAGGAGACUCGAUACAGAGAGGCAUGUUUGACUCAAUGGUCUGUUUGGUACAAUCUGUAAUUCCUGAGGGAAAGAAAUCCCUUCAAAGAAUUCCUCCUAGAAAGAUUUUCACAGCUGAGGAGUAUGAUGCAUCAAUCGAGUAUUACUGGGCUCCCUUCAUAGUUGAGUCUAAUUCGGACCAUGCAACAAAUCAUACUGUCAAAAGGCGGCAAGUUAAUCUUGAUUCUAUAUCUAAGCAUGGCAGAGAGUGGGAAGGAGUUGAUAUUUUGGUAUUUGAAAGCUAUGUAUGGUGGAUGUACAAGCCUUUGAUCAACGCAACAUAUGGAUCUGCCCAGAGUGUCCAAGAAUUCAAUGUAACCACUGCAUACAGAUUGGCUUUAGAAACAUGGGCAAACUGGAUAGAGACCAGUGUUAACCCUCGUAACCAAAAGCUCUUCUUCAUGACCAUGUCUCCAACUCAUCUGUGGAGCUGGGAAUGGGAGCCUGGAAGUGAUGGAAACUGCUUCAAUGAGUCGCACCCCAUUGAAAGACCAUACUGGGGAACUGGUUCAAAUCUUGAUAUCUUGAGAAUAGUGCGAGAAGUGUUAAAACAAGUAAAAAUUGAUGUCACAUUGCUGAAUAUUACCCAGUUAUCAGAGUUCCGGAAAGAUGCUCAUACAUCAAUUUAUGGUGAACGCAAAGGGAAGCUCUUGACAAAAGAACAAAGAUCAGAUCCACAAACUUACGCUGAUUGCAUCCACUGGUGUUUACCGGGAGUGCCUGAUACAUGGAACCAGAUUUUGUAUGCACACUUGAUUCAGGAUUAUCGCAUUCUUUGAUAUAAACUAGGGAAAUAAACACAACCCAAAGCUCUUAUAAAUCAAAGGAGUUGUGUCUGUAUAUUAAUAUUGAGCUUUGUUUUUGUGCGUGCGCGUCUGUGGUGGCUGCUCUACAAAAGACUACACGAAUUCUUCCACCAGGUCCUGGCUGAACUUAGAAACAGGGUGUUGCUUUACUUCUCUGUAUUGUGUAGGUAUGAGGCUCAGGCAAGGUUGGUAGGUUGGGUUCUUGUUGAUAAUUAGGACCUAGUUCUUUUCCUAGAAUGCAACCACACUACUGAAGAUUUUAUUUCCAAACUUAUGCAAAGUUCUCCACAAAUACAGGUGGAACCAUUUCCAAAAUUGAGCAACCCAAGUAA